AUGACGAUGGGUCCUGCACUUGUGUUGUCGUCUCUCGGGCUGGUUCAUCUUCUUCUCUUCAUGGUGCGCCUUGCAGUAGUAGGGUCCGAGCCCAUUGAUCCAACCGAAGGUUUUGUUGAUGUACCAUUGAACAAAUCUCACUUCCACAACCUGAAACCCUACGAUGUACCGGCGAGCGAACGGUACAGCUUUGAGAAUGACAUUCACAAAUUCUGGGUCUAUUCUACGGAUAACCCCCUCUCCAACGGCAGCCCAACCCACCCACGUUCCGAACUCCGCCUUGAAGAAUACUACUAUAAUACGGGUGUUUGGCAAUUUGAAGGAUAUGGGUACGUACCAUCAGGAACAUCAGGUGUAUGCAUCAUGCAAGUAUUUGGAGCGAAAACUCAUCCGACAACCCUAAUGCUUAAAGUUAAUAAUGGUAAACUCACGUAUUACUUGAGCAGCAUCAUCGAACAAAACAUAUACGAUAGGUGGUUUCGACUAAAUGUUAUUCAUGACACAGAAGCUGCAGUUACAAAGACUUUCAUUGAUGGUGUUCUCAAGCAUGUAGCCCCUCAUCGUGAAAACGCCACCCACCAUUUUCAAUUUGGGGUUUAUCAACAAGAAAAUGCUUCUUUUUAUGGAGAAUCUCGUUGGAAGGGCAUUAGAGUUCUAAAAAAACUCGAUGAUUAUUAUGAAAAAUUACCUUCCAAGACACAUAAUAUUCAUAGAAAGUUGUUAUAG